CACUCUUUGGAACGGAUGCUCGGGGACAUAGACGCCAUGGACGUCCCGGUGCGCAUUCCCCUGGCCACACCUCCUCCCCCUCCUCCCCCCACGUCUGAUGAGCCCUUACCCAUCGUUGUAGCGUGUCGUCUGAAACCAAAUCCGAGCAACGAACCUACAGCUUUGUGGUGUCACCAUGCUACCUUGGAGAACGCCACCCUCACUUUUCUCAAUCCUGAUCCCGCGCAAUCCGCCUCAGGGGGCGGAAACCCCUCAACUGUUAGUGAGAAUUUUCACUACGUCUUGAACGAGUCCACUUCUCAAGAAACCGUGUUCCAAACGUGUAUUGCUCAAUUCUUGCCCCUGGUCCAAGUGGGAUACGAUCUGACCUUGAUGACCUAUGGACCGGCGGGGGCCGGAAAAACUCACACGUUGGUAGGCUCAGAUCUACCUUUGGCCAUGAACGAAUCGGAUUUUGGACUAGUCCCGCGAGUGAUUCGUCAACUCUUUCACGAUUUGAACCAAGCGGAUCAUGGCCCUAAUUUAGAACGAGUUUGGGCUCGGGUCAGUUUCAUGGAUGUGGAUAAUGAUCAAAUUCGGGAUUUGUUGAGUAAUGAUGGGUUGAAUCGGGUGGAUUUUGAGGUUAAUCCAGAUCCGCAGCACAAGGACUUCGGACGCAACACGGUCUUGCGAGGGCUGACCGUCAUCGAUUGUCACGGAACGGAGGAUGUGCUCCGAUGUCUGGAGAUCGGAUUGACCGUCCACCGGAUCCGAUUGAACUCGUCUCAUGACAUCCUGAGCGAUCUGGCUCGAGGUUCGCACAACAUUUUCAGUGCACAAUUCAUUCAGCAAUAUCGCGAAGGUGAGGUGAUCAAACGGGUGACUUCCACGUUGAGAUUCGUGGAUUUGGCGCCUUCGGAUCAGUUGUUUUCCCCUCAUUCGCGAUUACCUCCCGGGCCCAAGACCAUUAACCAUGGCCUUCUAGCUCUGACCAACGUUGUGUCGGCUCUAGGCGAUGCCCGUUUGAAUACGAGCACUCCUUUUUAUAACGAUUCGUUGCUAACGAAAAUCCUGACCGACGCUCUCGGCGGCUCAAGUCUAAUGGUCUUAUUCUGUUGCGUGUCGCCUUUGGAGCGGGAUCUCACUGAGACCGUGAGUGCCCUGGAAUUUGCGCGGAAGGCCUCCAAUAUUAGAAACCAGCCGCGACCCAACGUUUCCUUUCUGUCAUCAAACCAGGGUCGCCGAGAUUCAGAGAUGUCCGGAAUGCGAAGUGCUUCCAUCAAUCAUGGCGUUCUGCCCCCCAUUUCCACUUACUCAAACUCCAAACCCAGCUCGUUGAUCGGCUUUCCCGCCGAACCACCUCUUCUCGCUCCUGCCCAGUCUGUGAUAAACUCGCCUCCUUCCGCAAUGCUCAAUGAUCCCGUCCUUUUGGCCAUCCAUAUCCAACAGCUUCAAUUGCAGCAACAUUACAAUCAAAUCCUCGCCUCACGCACCAAUAGCAACACGUGGAUCAAUCCCCAACUCGUGUCUCAACCUCCGCUCAUUCCACCAGGACCACCUGGUUCCACUUUCCACCCCAUCCCUCUCCCCGGAAAUGCCACUUCUUUAUCCAAUUCGUCGCUAGCCAGUCCAUUUGCCUUGCACUCACCACUACCCGUCAGUUAUUACAUGUCCGCUCCGCCGCCGGAUCCGGCUUCAGUUCCCGUAAGUAUCGACACUGAAGAAUUGGAGCGAAUGAAUCGCGAACUGCCCAACAUAGAGGAUGGUGAUUUGAAUGAAGAGGAUCCCAAGAUAGCCAAUGUGGUUCGACAGAAGCUAGAAAGUAUUGUCGAAGAAUCCGAAUCGCCUCUAGCGAAUUCCAGUGUGAAAAUCCGAUCAAGUCCGUCAGACUCGGACUCGCCCUCUGAAUUGAGUGAACCGGAGGAGGAUUCAGAGGAAGAAGACUUUGAUUCUGAGGCCUCUGUGAAUUCGUGCAAUGAACGGCCCAAUCUGGAAGAUAUCUGGAGUCAAGUCCGUGAUGAGACGGAUAAAGUCACCACUAAAUACCAACUCGAUCUUCUGACCGUCUUAAGAUUGGCGGACGGAGGUGGAAAAGUGAGUAAUGAAAAGUCCCAGCAGGUGAAACACUUGGAAGAGACGAAUCUCCGCUUGACUCAACAAUUGCAAAUCGAAAGCUUGCACAAGCAAUCUCUGGAGAGUGAAUUGUGUCAGAUGAUGAAGAACAUGGAGGUAGUGAGUGCACAAUUCCAAGAAUUGGAAAAGAAAAGCCUCGAAAACCCAAGUCCACUUCAUUCUUCAUCUAAAAGUAUUAGUAGCACUUGUGCCCUUGCCAAUGGACCAGCAGUGAUUCCUCCAGAUCCUUGGAGACAAUCGAUCUCGUUAAACGCGGAUCUGUUGAGGACGGCCAAAGAUAAACUGAUAGAAGAAAGAGCCAUUUUGGAAGAAGAAUUCCAAAAUGUCAAGCGACGAUUGGUCGACACUCAAGAUGACAAGCUCCUCUAUGAGGCCACUUUGACCGAUCUCGAGGCCAGUGAGGCCAAAAGAGCUCAACUAGACGAAUUGUUACUAGGCUGUGAUUGGGCCAUCGACUUCAAGAACGACCUGAGAAACGGCCAGGCCAUCGAUUAUUCCACGGCCAACUCCGAUUUCUCCGACGAGUUGCUCAUGAAAGUCAUUUGCGAAUUAGUGCCCGAAGAGAGGAACGCUCUCAUUCAUAAAUUUCUGAAUCGCUGCGUGGAUCUCCGAGUGGAGCAAGCCGUUUUGGAACGGCAUUGUGACACGCUUACUUUCAAUAUCGAAGAGUACAAACGUGAAUCCAACAAUUUGUUUCAUCGCUUGGUGCUCAAAUCCCAAAAGUACAAAGAGGCAUUAAAGACUCAAGAGCGGGAGAAUGCCAAGAAGACCAAAGUGCUCACCAAUAUUAUAGAGGAAUUGCGGGAAGAGGUUCGGAAUCUCGAAGAACGGAAAAAGGAUCUGAAGCAAAACAACCAUCUCCUGAUGAACUUCUACCGCCAUCACCGUCAUUGUGGUAAUAAUAGUAGUGGGGCCUUAGCCAAAGAAGCCACCAAAACCACGCCCACUUCCAACAAGCCCUCGGUCGAGAUUCGGGAUCAGAAACUUGUGAUUAGCAAGCCAGAUAACCCGCCCCGUUGAUAUGACAAGCUCAUUCAAUCAGCAAUCGGUGGUUGAGAGUGACUAAUGGAACAAUGCUCUCUAACAAUGCAAUAUGUUUAUCCGUUUAUACUUUCAUAAUAAGAAUAAUUCAAAAGUAAGCUCA